AUGCAGCAAAUCACCUGUCACAUUCUCGUCUUUGCUGAGGGGACAUUAGGUUUCAAUGCGGGCUGCUUGAAACCCACGCCUCGGCCAUGCGAGCCAGGAGCAGCAUUGCCAGUCACAUAUCAACCACCGCCGCCACCACCAGCGUCGCCGUCGCAGCCAUACAAGUGCUCGUGCCAUACAGGGCCGUUGCCGUUGUCCCUUCUGGGCAAUGCCAGCAGCACAAUGGCCACGAAACGGGCAAUCAGAAUGCCUGUAGGCGCCAUGGCGCGUGCACCCUUCUCCAGUAGGCGGCGCGCCGUUCCCACUUCAGACCUAGUUCUCCGCGCCAUCCAUGAUAUCUCGAGGCUAAUGCAGGCUACCGGUGGAAGAAGCGUGCUUAUUUUGGGAGCUCAGGGACGCGGCGGGGAUGGCAUGGAAAUUGACGAGCACGCGAAGGCGCAGGCUGUCGUCAGUCCCUGGCUUCGUCUGCUCUCGUCCGUCCUUCGUCGCCAAUCCUAG